AUGGAUGAUCGCGAGUCAGUGGUCAGACAGUCGGUGGUCAGAGCUUUAUAUGGCGGCUCCAAGUCUCUAAAGUUAAGUUCAAAGAGAAUCCGGGAGGUUCCUGAAUGCGUCUCCAGACUCGGCGGCCUGUCGGCCCUCCUGUUGAACAACAACUCCAUCUCCCGCCUCCCCGCGGAGCUGCUCUCUCUCCGACAACUGACUGAACUGAAUUUGGGGAAUAAUGCCUUGAAGGAGGUUCCUGCUGUUUUGGGCCAUCUGGAGUCCUUGAAAAAACUCUACCUGUUCAGCAACCAAAUUACUGUAGUGCCUCCUGAUGUGAUAGGUGGGUUGCCAAACCUGGUUGUUCUCAAUCUGAACCACAACCAGAUUCAGAGACUUCCUCCAGAGAUUAAAAGAUUAAAAAAGCUUCGACACCUCAGCGUGCUGGACAAUAAACUGGAGGAGGUUCCUGCUGGGCUUGGUCAUUUGACCUGCUUGUCUGAGAUCAACCUGAAUUUCAACCGAGUGUCUUCGCUCCCGAAAGAACUCUGCAAUUGUAAAGAACUGGCAAAGCUUUAUGUUGCCAGAAAUGAGCUGAGCAGUCUUCCAGAGGAGAUUACAACACUCACGAAACUUCAAGUUCUGGAUGUUGCCGGGAACAAGCUGUCAGUGUUCCCAACUGAGUUUCACCUGCUGCCCCUGAAGGAGCUGUACUGUGAAGGGAACAGGUUUGUGCGGCGUGAACUCCUGCCGUCAGUGCAGGAUGCUGAGGUCUUUUCCUUAAAGGAGCUGGUUGCCAGAUUUGUUUUGCAGGAGGAUCAGAAGAAGUGUUCUCUCAUUCAUAAGAUGCUUCCCCACCACCCAGCUCUGAGCGCCCUGCUGAGCAGCGGCAGGCGCUGCGCCGUCUGCCGGGGUCCCUUCCUCACCACCUGGCUGGAGUGUGUUCAUUUUGUGAAACUGAAGGACGUUAAAGUGAAGACUUUGCUGACGGUUCCUGUGCGCGCUCUUCUCUGUUCAUACAAGUGCUUCAACACUGAUGGACACUCCUACUAUGGUGUAUUAACAAGAUAA